UCGUGAACGCAUCAACGAGAGGAUUGCCGAAAUGAAAGCUAUGCUGCCAUCGUGUGCUGACAAGGUUGGGCUUCAUAAAUUAACCAUUCUUGAAGAAAGCGCCGAGUAUAUCAUGCAUUUGAAAGAGCAAAUCCGGAUUUUGAAAAUGGGACUGAAUCAAUCGGCUGCAGGAAAAGUGCCCGUUUUUACCACCGAUUCAGAGCCAUUCAGCAUAAAUCGACAGGUCGAGUGUUCUUGUAAUUCCACAGGCUUUGAGCCUUAUAUGAACACUCGUAUUAAGCUCGAGGAUGGCAAUACAGUUGCUCAUGAUCAGCGCUUGAAAGAGUUUUCUGAUCAGUCACAUCUGAUCAGUCCAUCCUUCACAUCAAACAAUCCUCAGCAUUCCUAUACGACACGUAGACACACUCCGCCAGUAGAUGCUGCUGUGACGGUUAGUGUGCAAUCCCCUUCUACCGAUCAUCAAGUAUUUUCUUUGCCUCCACCACCCACGUUUGGCGACUAUCUUGCUGUGUCAAAUCCAAUGAUGGGCAGUACCAGUACUACAAAAGUAUACAGCACGAAUCAAUAUGCGUCAGCUUACAGCCCCACAGAAGAAAUCAUGUCUCUCGACACCAUACUGUCAUAAAUCCAUUUGUACCAAUGUAAUCUUCUACUAUGUGCACCACUAAAUACUGUUCUUUUCUAUUCUC